UGGGAGGGAGUCAUGAGGAUGCCCACCUUCACUCUUCCCUCAUAUAUGCAGCUCCAGGGGACAAGGGCCCAUGUCUACCCAGCCUUCACAACUGAUGUGGGUGCACCAUGUCUUUCUGUCCCAGACCCUCUGCAGAACUUGACCAUCACUGUCUUCCUUGGACACAGCACAGCGCCCAUAACCCUGAAGAAUGCAUCAUCUCUUUCAGUCCUGGAGGGCCAGUCCCUGCAUCUGGUCUGUGUUGUCGACAGCAACCCCCCUGCCAGGCUGAGUUGGGCCUGUGGGAGCCGGACCCUGAGCCCCUCACAGCCCUCAAACCCCGGAGUCCUGGAGCUGCCCCAGGUGGAUUCGAGCCAUGAAGGUGAAUUCACCUGUCAAGCUCAGCACCCUCGGGGCUCCCUGCACGUCUCCCUGAGCCUCUCUGUGCAGAGAAAAGCAUGUCCUUUAUCAGGAGCGUCACUGGGGGCCAUCAGUGGAGCAUGUGCUACAGCCCUGCUCCUCCUGUCCUUCUACGCCAUUGCCAUCAUCGUGACAUCCUGGAAAAAGAAAGCAGUAAGGCCAGCAGUGGGCAUGGGGGACAUGGACAUGGAGGGCGCAAAUGUUGUCACAUGGUCAGUCUCUCAGGGUCUCUGGAUGGAAUCCCAGGCAGGCAGCCAUCCAGACCAUCCUACCCGAGAUGUGGCUGCCCCUUGCUCAGGGGAGGAAGAAGAGCUUCAUUAUGCAUCCCUAAGCUUUCAUUGGAUGAAACCUAGUGGCCUGUGGGAACAGGAGGCCACUGGUAGUGAGUAUUCCGAGAUCAAGUUCCACAAGUGAGAAGCUACAGAGACUCGGCCCUGGCUUGAGGGAUCAUGGCCCCGGAGGGGCAAAGAAAAUGUCAGAGCUGAUUCCCAUAGAGUUAGAUUCCCUAUAAAAUUGUAAAGAACACAGGCUUUGGAAACAAAGAGUUUCAAGUUAGAAUCUGCACUCUGCUGCUUUGCAGACAGACCCGCCCCUAACUCUCUGUGCCUCAGUUUCCUGCUCUGUGAAACAGGCAUGAGAAGCCCUACCUGAAAUUUUGUGGUGAGAAUUCCGGCGCUAAACUCCUUUCAGACCACUUGCCAAAAAGUGUAUGCUGAACACAUGCUGGAUCCCUGCGCCUUGAACAGAAAGGUUCUACAAGGAGUAUCUUCUGGCUCUGGAGGGGACCAGCAUCAGACCUCAAACCUUAAACCUUGAGUUCCUUUCCCCUGGAAUGUCCUCCCACUGGACCUUCGUCUGACUUCAUCUGUCUCUGAAAAUGGAGCUCAAAAGGUGGACUUCUGGAUUCAGAAGGGAAAGUUAAGCAGCAGCUCACGGUCUCCCCGAUAGCAACAAACCAAACAAAUGAGAAAGGUUCCCAAAUGAUCACACAACCAUCUGAUGGAUGAAACAUCAUGAUCUCACAUUUCACCUACAACACCCAAAUGAAGAAUGAAUAUAUCACAGCAAUCUCUUCAUGAAAUAGUCUUGAUGAAAAGAAAUCAAAGGACUGGACAAGGCAUUAAAAGUUCCCUACACAUAGACAUCAGUCCAUUUAUAAAAGCACAAAAAUAUAAGGCACCAGGGACUAAUUACUUUUUAAAAGAUGCAAAACUUCCACACUGAAAAAUACAGAAUAUUGCUGAGAGAAAUUAAAGAAGACCUAAGUAAAUGAAGAAAUAUACCAUGCUCAAGAAUUGGAAGACACAAUAUUGUUAGAUGUCAGUUUUCUGUAUAUUGAUUUAAGUAAUCCCAGUCAACAGAUAUAUAUUUGUAUAUAUAUAUAUAUGUAUGUAUAAAUGUAUAUAUCCA